GAUUCAUGUUCUGCCAUUUUACACACAAGUUUGAUCGACCAAAGGGGGAAAAAAAUCAGAAUUAGCCUAUCGCCAACCUCGACACAGAAAUACAGCCUUUUAUAAGCAGAUUUAAUGAGAGUGAGCGAGGAGGGGAUGAAAAAACAUCUGAGCAGCCAAGGUUAGAUGCAGCCAGCGCGGGGUGCUGUGAGGAUCAGAGAGACUGUGUUUGCUGUGUUUGGAUCUUUACUCAGAGUCAGAGGAGAAACCGGCCGAAGAAGAAGGGAGGAAAAAAGAGGAAAAAAAGGGACAAUGCUGUUUCAUUUUUCUACCGCCUUGGAAAAAAUGAAUCAUCGAUCAGAGGAGGAUGCUGCAUAGAUCUGUCCAUGUUUGUGAUUCCUCGUACUUUGGCAGUGUCUAAUUCAGGGAUUUAUUAACUCUAUAGUGUCUUCUCUUAUUAUUAUUAUUAUUAUCAAUCUAAGCUGCUUUUUGAUGCUCUAAUUACUGAAUCAUCUCCUUCAGAUUUUUCAUUACGGGAUUUUUUCGUCUUCUCGCAGCUGCUCCAUCCGGAUGCCUCCGCCUGAAUAUUAAAUAGUCCCCCGGCUCGGACCGCUUUAUGUUUCAUUUGGCCGCCGCAUGAAUUCUCCCACCGGAUUCUCGCCGGUGUACUCUGCUUUCCUCCUCCACCACCACCACCACCGCCACCAAUACCUCCUCCUCCACCUCCUCCUCUUCCUCUUGCUCCUGCUCAGACGGCCGAUUCUCUCAGAGGGCACUACCCUCCUCCUCCUCCUCUUCCUCCUCCACCACCACCACCACCACCUCCUCCUCCUCCUUCCAGCCGCUAAAGACAUUUUGAUCGUCCACCACCCCGGUUCCCCCCAACCGGACUCGGCCAUCAGUCCACCUUCCUCCUCCUCUUCCUCCUCAGUAACAUGUCGGGACAGUCUAUUACGGACCGGAUCGCCGCCGCGCAGCACAGCAUGACCGGGUCUGCCAUCAGCAAAGCCGUCUGCAAGGCCACGACGCAUGAAGUCAGCGGACCCAAGAAGAAGCACCUUGACUGUAGGUUAUGAACAUACCAUCACUGUUCCUCUAUAGAUAGCCUGCAUGCAUGCAUCCUCAUCCUCACAAAGGACAGCCUGUAUAAACAGCAUCUAUUAUGCUUCACCUCCUCCUCCUCCUCCUCCUCCUCUUCCUCUCUUAUCCGGCCCCGGUUUAUGUUUGCAGCCUCUUUAAUUAGACACCAUUACAUUCCCUUAGAUUAAAAUGAGAUUUACGCAGAGAAGCAUACACUCUGCAGCGUAUCCGGUUGGUAAUGCAAGCGGUAAAUCUUGAUCCGAAGGCGAUGGGGGCAGUCAGCCAGGUACUAUCUAUGCGCGUCAUUCAAGGGAAAUAGGCCACUCUGCUAUAGGCUAAUCAUAUUGCAACCAUCCGUUUUUACAGUGUAGGCCUAUCCAUUAUCAACGCCACUACCCAUCCUCUGGAGACACUUGAGCACCGAGGGUGUUAGUGCACCACCGGCACCAAUACUUCCUCCCUCAUUCAAGUUCAGUGUCAUGUCUUCUGGUGCAUUAUUAUCAUUAAUGGAUGUGUUACUGCUCCUGUCAGUCAGCCACACUGCUAAAAAUAAGUAAUUCAUGCACAAAAAUGCUGGUGUCAGAACAGCUGUGUCUAUCUAUCUGCAGCUAAUUACCUGUGUAUGUGCAAACUGCACCAAUUACUGCAUGUUCACGAGGAGGAAAUAAGAGGAGCCCUCACAUGUAGAUUUUUAACAGUGAUUAUUAGGUUAAGUGGCUUUUCUGGCUUGCUACAGUUGCUUGACAUGAUCGAUGGAGAGCACGGGUAAUCAAUGGUGCUGCCAGUCAGACACACAGGCAGUCAGGGAAGACAGACAGACACGGAUCAGCGGGGGGUGGGGGUUGGAAAGACGGCUAAUCAAGAGGAAAUGUGGAUAAAUCAGUCUAAAGGGGAGGCAGGUUGCCAAACAGCGAGAGAGUCAGUCAUCCAGCUACGCACCCAGCCAGCCAGACAGUCAGUCAGCCGGCAAGUUUGGCAGUGGAUCAGUCAGUCAUGUCCACAGCAGAGGUGACACUGGGAAUUCUGGGCUCCCUCACAAGAUGUGCCACCGAGUGCUGGGACACAAUGCAUCUAAAUUAGGGUUUUACCACUUCGACCUACUAAAAAAAGACCAGAAAUGCUGAAAAAAGAAGAAAAAAAAAUCCAGUGGGUGUUAGAAAAGGUUAAGAAGCACUUUCUGACUCUUGGGCCUCUGUUUUUGAGCGACUACUGCGAUUGUCUUACUGUAACUGCUUGUGAGGUUCAUGUUUUACAUUAUUUUUCUCUGAUAUAGAUUAAAAAGUUGGCCGCCGAUGACUGUAAUUACAUUUUUUAUUUAUGAAGGAACCGAGCCAAUCAAUGAGUCCCAAGAAAGUAUCAUUAAAGGGGAAGAAAUUACACAGUAGGACCGUCAGAUGUGUGAUAUUCCCCUCUACAACCGAGGCCACAGCUCUGUCAGGGUGCAGCACCUCCGCAGUUAUUAAAUGGUAGAAGGUCGUCCACCUCUAGUGCGCGUGCCGUGGGCCGGAGUCUCUCAGAAACUUGUAAAUGUCACGAAUAUUAACUGGGAGGGGUGGGGGUGAGAGCAGAUACUCUGAAAAUAGAACGGGAGCAUUUACAUGACAAAUUUUCAUCCGUCAAAUGGAUUAUAAAGUAGGUUUGGAGGCACCGUGCCCAAGGACAAUGAUGUUUUUCUCAGAAUAGGUCUGUAUUUUUUCUGUUGGAGGAGGUUAAAUGAGUCAUUUUUGUGCUUUUAUUUUGAUGAUCUUUUAUAGAAAAGUGCUCAAAUUUCCAGAGCACUCGAUUCGCUCCCCUGGAAACAUAUUUUUUUUAGCUGUAUGAGUUUUCAGUCAGCUGUGACAGUUAAAACAUGUUCCUGACGUGUUAAAAGUCUCUCCCCUACAUCCAGUGAUAUAACAUACAAUGUAGGCUUUAAAGGGAUAUAAGGCAUAAAAUUAAUUUAAGGUCAAACACACAGUAACACAGAGUUAGACACCCCCUCGAGAGAUGACUGUUGCCGACCGCUUGCUUCUCUAGUUAUACCAACUUUAAUAACAACCGCAGGAUAGCAAUACACAGCGGUCUGAUGAGCCAUAAACAAACCUCAACCAAAACGCCACUCUAUAGCCACAAAUAAUGCUCAGAACAGCACCUAACUUCAUCAACAGUACAUAUAGGGUCCCAGCCACAGUACUAGCCACCAAACAUCUUUUUAACUUUACCUAAUUUCUUUAGCAAAGAGACUAAACACAACUCACUGACUCUCUUCUAGCAGCCGCUUGUUUAAAGCAAGACCUCAGGCCAGUCAAUUAUGGACUGCUGUGGAGUUUCGCAGCUCAAGGAAGAACAUUUGUGAUCAUUUCUUUAUGGAAAUACAAUCAGACCGAGAUGCUAAAACAAAAGAACAACCGUGAGUGCAAAAUGAUUAAUAUGAUGAUUAUUACUUAAAGGACAUGAUAAAGAAAUGAUCAUAAAUGUUCUUUCUUGAGCUGCGUCACCCUGCUGCGUUCUGUAAUGGACUUGCCCGAGGUCUCGCUACAAGCAAGCAGCUGCUGGAGGAGAGUAGGUGAGUUUUGUUUAGUCUCUUUGUUAAAGAAAUUAGUCAAAGUUAAAAAGAUGUUUGGUGGCUAGUGCUGGGGCUAGGACCCUAUAUGUACUGUUGAUGAAGUUAGGUGCUGUUCUGAGCAUCAUUUGUGGCUAUAGAGUGGCGUUUUGGUUAAGGUUUUCUCAUGGCUCAUCAGACCGCUGUGUAUUGCUAUCCUGCGGUCGUUACUAAAGUUGGUAUGACUAGAGAAGCAAGCGGUCGGCAACAUUCAUCUAAUUAAUUUCACGCUGGAAUAUCCCUUUAAUGGAGAAGUCAGGAGGUCAGGUUGAUGUAGAAGUGAACACAGGAUGCAAAGAGUGAAUCAACAGCAGUGUUUUCAGUCAGCCGUACAAAGCUGUGGAUCAAUCUCAGGUCAGAGAGUUUGCAUGUGUGUGGCCCUGACCCUCAAGAGUUUUCUCGUACAACUAAACUGGUUAAAUAGGGUCAUAAAAACUGACAGACUUGGUGUGCGUAUUUCAGGAUAACAAAGGUGUGUAAAAGCCCUCAGGAGGAAUGAAACCAGGAAGUAGAACAAAAUCAAUGUGAGCAACAAAACAGGCUGAAAGGAGGAAAACAUCGUGAAACAGAAGGUAGAGGGAAAGCAGAACCAGGGUUUAGUCAAUUUAAUAUUAGGGUUACUUCAGAUUUCUUCAAAUACACUUGACUGGUUAUAGAUCCAUCCUUGUGACUGUGCUCUAAAUGUGACACACGGUGUAAAUAAAAGGCCGGCUAUUUAUACUGUUCAGAGUUAGCCAACCAAAAGCUUAUCUACAUUUCCUUUUUAUAGUGUUAUGACCUUGACAGACUUGUUGGCGUUCUAAACACCCAAUGCUGAUUAUUUACAACCCCACAGCGAAUGACAAGCAUGACAGUCGGAGUAAUGGGAUUUCACUUUCACUAGGCAAUAUGCAGCAGAGAUGAGAUGGCAGAGAGGAGAUAGAAGCCAAAUUCAUCACAUGAGAAUAGUAAUCAGGCCAAAAAUGACCUUCUGCCCUGAAAGCACGGUCAGUUUAUGAUUUAUUUGGCUCUGUGUCACGGCUGCGAAAAUGUUUGUGCUGGCAACAGUUGUGAUAAUAGUUGAGGUAAGAAAAAUCUGCUUCUUGGUGGUUACAUUUUUGGCAAAAUUAAUGAGAAUAAUCAAAAAAAUAUAAUGUCUCAAGUACAGACACAUCAACUCCUACAUGUUUGUCUGCUUAUAAAACAGACGACCACUUAAAAUACAAUAUCAGGUUAUUCUAAAAAGCCAAGUUUUAUGUGACUCCAGGGUGUUUUUAUGAGAGUCACACAUAACUAUUUUCAAACCACCUGAAUGAAUUCAACGUUUGUCCAAGCUCUGAUUUAACUGUUACUGAUGCACAUUACUCCCUAUGUGGACUGCAGCCUAUCAAUAAUCCGAGCUAGCAAUCGUCUGUCAAUACUUCAUAUCCUGUGGCUAUCUACAGUGUCACACGUCAGUGAUUAAAUCCGAGGUGAUAUAUUAUCCCCCAAAGGAACACACAGAGGAGGAUCCAGCAUGGAGAGAGACACAGUUCAAGUAUGAGUUUGGAGCUAUUCUGAGCGAAAAUAUGAAACCACAUCUUUAACCCUGUGCGCUAUGACAGUGGUUUUACUUUUGACAGGAAAUAUUCAUAUCAGUUGGACUAAAAGCAGUUCCACUGAUUAUUGAGCCAAAAAGAAAUAAACAAAUAUGACUGAAUGCUCCGAUUUCCUUUUAUUGUGUUGAUGUGAACGCCUCAUAUUUAACUGGGCAAAGGAACUUUCAAACAGAGAAACUCCUGAUUCUAAGAACAGAAUUAAAAGUGCUCAUGUGAGGUAGGGCUGCACGACUCCGGUCAAAAAUCCUGAUCCUUUUCUCUGGAAACUCGAUUUUAAAUUUAGAUUUUUAAUUCAGUGAUAACUUCACCAAACUUCACUGUAAAAAAAGAGUUUUUUCUCAUCUCUCAAAACAAAACCACUGAAAAGGAUGUAGUGCAUAUGCCAAGCCAGUAAGUGGCGCUGUAACGCUGGAGAGGAAAUGCUUAAAAGACAAAAGAAGAGUACAGAGCAUACGUAUAGAGGUUGGCGGCAUAAAAGAGUCACGCUGUGUGUCACAUGAUCAUUUCCAGAGAUGCAAAUAGAUCCGCACGAAGAUGAAAUGGUCGUCGUUAAGGAUUUAUGCUCUCUCUGAUUCAUUUUCAAUAAGUACCGCUGUUUCCGUGUGGAUAAAGAACGAUACGACAAAAACUUUUACGUUUACCCCCUGAAUUUGUUUCCGUGUGGACGGGUUGAUACCGCCUUCAGACAGACUUUGCAGCGGGGAGUGGUUUGCUCUUCGUCUGAAACUGCGAAGCCGUACCAAUUCCACUUGACUGACUGAGAUUAUCGCCUUCUUUUGCGAACGCCAUGUUUGUUCCCACUGGUGUGUGGUGUGAGCUGGGGAGCGCUCCCGCAGGAAGGAAGAGCCUACGGUGGCCUGGAGGGACGAGACAUGAUAGAGAGGAAAAAUCGAUUUGAGGAUUUAAAAUUUUUUUAUAUCAUCAUGAUCAAAUAAUGUGAUUACAAUUGAAAAUCAAUAAAUCGUGCAGCCCUAGUGCGAGUUUAACAAGUACAGUCAGAUUAUAUAUGGCUAUCCAGUUCAUAUAAUCUUAAAAUGGCGGUCUAAGUGAAUUUUUUGAUGGUAUUUUUCCAUUAUAUGCUUUUCUUCCUGUGCUAAAACAAUUGUGCAGCAGUGAUCGUCUGCAGUGAUAAUUUGAGGCAGGCUGAAUACUGAGACGGUGAAAACUGGGCUAUUAUUGGCUGUGUUUUUGCAGCUUCAAUUUUUCACAAUCAAAAAUAAAACAUAAAAUAAAGCUGAAGAUCUGAGAUGAAGUGCAGGAGCUCCGGGAGCCUUUGACAUGCAUUAAACAUUUAACCGUGGAAUCAGCUGGGACUCUUUGGUAGCCGGCGUUUCAGCGAAUGUGGGAAACAUCACAGAGCUUUGAAAUAAACUCUGAUAACCUCUGAUCCUGAGCAACAACCAGACCAAGGAUUUGCCUCAGAAAUGAUAUUGCUUGAAGUUUUCUCGCCACGACUCGCACACAAAAUCUCUCUCUCUCUCUCGCUCUCUGCCUGCGUGUCUUUGAAUACAAGAACAUUUCUUCCUCUCGCUCCCCUGGUGGUUUCAGUAACUGUGUCAGGGACUUUUCAUUUAGUUUCUCUGCUUCUCUCUUCUGCUGCGUCUGUUAAUUGUGUUUUAAUCUCUUAUGCUUUCCGGUCAAAUUCAAAGUUAGCUGCUGCCCGUUUUAUCUUUGAAGUGUGAUUGACUCGUCUAUCAUCAUAUCGGAUCAUAUUUAGGACUUAUUGUUCUUGUUUUACAGCUGAAUACUGAAUACUAAAUGUAGUUACUGUUUUUGGCUUGGUUCUACGUUACCGGACAUAUUUUCCUGUACUGUCUGGAGCAUUACUAAAGACACUGGUAAUUAUUUUAGCAUUUAUAUUUAAAGAUAAGAGCAAAGCCAUGUUUUGAGAUGAAAUGAGUCUUUUUUAAUGAACCAAUUUCAUAUUAAUAUGCAGAACUGUGGCUGUACGACGAACACAGAAAGGCAAGUUCCUGCUCUUUAAAGCUUACUUCUUAAGAGUCAGUAAAUCUGAGAUUUAACAGAUGCUGAGCAUACCUCACAUUUUCAUCUUAGACCAGAAAAAUCCUCCAAGAAUUUAGAGCAUUGUUCCUAAUCUGCCUUACUUUAAGGUUCAGUGUUCAUGGCUCAAGGAGGAAUCACCGAUUGUGACCUAUUUUCGAUUUUUUUCCCAAAUCAUUGUAUAUAUUUGUUGACUUUUAAUGGUUAUUUGACACACAGAAGAUGAGCUCAUGCCUGAGGACAUCUGAGGACCAGUGUCAGUGGAGACACAUCGGGGUCAUCUCAGUUCAAGUCCAUCAAGACUAACAAUCAAGCUCUGUCAGAGUCUUUAUUAAAGACCCACUCCAAUGAAAAUCAUGUUUUUCUUGUUGUCUACAUGCUCAUAUGACAUUUUUCAAUCAAUCAAAUGAAUCAAAUUCUAUUUAUAUAGCGCCAAUUCACAACAGUCGUCAUCCCAAGACGCUUCCCAAAGAAAAAGAGCAGGUCUAGACCACGCUCGUUGUUUGAUGAAUUAUCAAGACCCAACCUUAAGAAGGGAUUUGGCCCAUCUUAUCUAACAUGAGUGACAGUGGCAAGGAAAAAUUCCUUUUAACAGGCAGAAACCUUAGGUAGGACCAGACUAAUUCCAGACAGCCACCAGGCUGCUGCUGGGUUGGGGAGGAAUACAGAGGGGGGAGAAAGAGAGAACAAGAUAGAGGGAAGGGGAGAGAGAUGCUACAGGACAUAUCAUGAGAAAAAUAAGUGUGAAAUUGCAUUUCUAAGUAUUUCUUCAUUCAAAUCGCUGUGAAUCUCUGGAAAAGCCAAACAGCAGGUUCAGACACAGUGAGAUUUCCUAUGUCACAAAUCCAAGCUCCGCCCCCAGAGCCCCGCUAUAAUGUGUGCCAGACUCGGAGACGUAGAGAGGACAAUUAUGGAACAAGUGUGUGCGUUAGCGGAUUGCAAAGAUCGUAAGAAAGCAAAUUAUGAUAUUACCUUUUAUCAUGUCUGAUAGCUGAUUAGCUCCUAUGUUACCUGCCACUUCUACUACACUGACAAUGUUAGGCUACUGCAGGAGAAAAGCCAUUUAAUAUGACACAGGUAACGCGAUUUUGGCUAAAAAACAUCAUAAUCACAAUUUAAAGACCACUUAUGACACUUAAAAUCGUAGUAAAAAACAAUCGAAGUGAGACUUGAACUGACAGUAACAUCAUUAACUCUUUUCACUGGUGAUGAAUUGAGGUGAGAUAUUGUUUGUGUGUUCAGUCUGGGAGGUUAACUCUGUUGAAACACAGCAGCUGUGGUUUUGAUUCAUCCAUCUCUACAGUCUAUUAUUAAAUAAUCAUUUGUUCAUUGAUUUGUGUGCUGAUAUUGAGCGAGCCGAAAUUAAUGCAACAGUCGAUCCAUGUCUGCAUCCAUCGUGGGUUUUUAACUCACUCGAUUGAUUUAUAAUAAAUCAACUCGUAAACUGCCAAAGGCUAUCAAUUAACAUUCUGUGUUGUUGUCGCAGGUACAGUAGCUGGAGUAAGGUUUAACUUUCAGGACUAACAUCUUCAACCCUGACUCUUCUUUCUAAAAUCUUUGUCGCUGAUUGUUCGUCACUUUUUUUCACAGACCGCUUUGUUUGAUUUUCUGUCUCUUCCAGACCUGAUCCACUGCACCAAUGAGCUGAACGUCAGCAUCCCCCACCUGGCAGACACACUGCUGGAGCGCACGGCGAGCAACAGCUGGAUAGUGGUUUUCAAAGCGCUCAUCACCACACACCACCUCAUGAUGUACGGCAACGAGGUGAGCUGGCGCUAACGUAUGGAGUCCAGAAAGGGCGAAGGUGGUUUCGUUUCUAAAAUUUCCUGAUUAUGAAAAGUUUGUAUUCUUGAUCUCAAUCUACAAGUUUGACUAAAAAUUGGUCUUACAGUUAUAAUCACAAUUUAAGAAAUAAUUCCUAUCGAGACUGGUGCUCCUUAGUGCAGUUUUGACGAGAGAAAAAAUAGAAAUGGACUCAAAACGAACGUUGAACAAUAUCCGUCUAAUCAACUGCUGCCCUCAUAGCCUUUAAUUAAGUGCUACCAGUCAGUGUAACUCGCUCUGAUUACAUUUUUUAAUGCCGCAAAAGUUGUAAACUGCAGAUUAUCAGCUUUAGGAGGAAUAAACUGGAUUAGCGCUGGAGAGAUUUGAAGGUUUUAGGUUAAUUAGUUGACAGAAAACAAGUGCAUAACAGUUUAGAUAAUCUAUCAGCUGUUCAAGUCAGAAAAAAAAUUGUCUAUAUAUUGGAAAUGCGACUCACAAGUCCGAUAAUGAUUCUUGCUAUACUAUUAUUAUAUGAUUAUAUUAGUAUUACUAGAUAACAAGAACAUUAUCAACACUACCUAAAGCCUGAGGAAAGAAGAGAGACUUGGGGAAACUUGACCAAUCUGACUUCUGGAGUUAUUGGCGGUUUGUUGUAGUAAUCCCUCUCCAACUCUUGAAGCGACUGUCUUUGAGGCUGGAUCUUUCAGGUACCCAACAAGGACUGAUGAAGUACAUGACCGAUAUUUGGCUGUCCCACCUGGUGUGACAGAUCAGCCCGCUACUCAGAGCCCACAUGACAAGACCAACAACCAGAGCAUCAGACAUGUUAAAUGAUGAGGGUCUGAGAGAUGCAGUGGAAGCGGAUACUGAUGCUCUGUUGGUAUUCAAAAUACACAGCUUUAAGUGACAUGACAGGGACAGGAUUUAUCAGGUGCCUAGAAGAUUGAAAAAUGGUUUGAUAGCUCAUAUUUUUAUAAAUCAUUGUUCCAGAUGAGCCAAACUUCUACAACUGGAUUCAGCAACUGAAUUGAACUUAAAACAGGCUGAAAAUGUUCCGUCUAACCGUCACAUAACAGCGACAAAAUGGAGACACAUAGCUGCUGUUUUUCGGCUUUCCUCUAUUUGCUGAUCUGUAUUUUUUUUAACCAGCUAACUUCACCUAUCCUGGAGAAAGCCAGUGUUUCAUUUAAGACCCACUCCUAAGAAAAUCAUGUUUUUCUUGUUGUCUACAUGUUCAUAUGACAUUUUUCUGAUGCUACAGGACAUAUCAUGAGUAAAGUAAGCGAGAAAUUGCAUUUCUGAGUAUUUCUUCAUUUAAAUUGCUGUGAACCUCUGGCAGACAAAAACAGCAGGCUCAGACAGCGUGAGAUUACUUAUGUCACAAAUCCAAGCUCCGCCCCCAGAGCCCCGCUACAAUGUAGGCCAGAUUCAGAGAAGUAGAGAGGACGAUCGCAGAACAAGCGUGUGCGUUAGCGGAUUUCAAUGCUCGUAAGAAAGCUAAUUAUGAUAUUAACUUUCAUCAUGUCCUUAAAGAUAUCAGUGUGUGAGAGCUGAAUAUAUUACUUCUACUACACUGGCAAUGUUAGGCUACAAGCUAGCGUGAAGAGGAGUGAGCAGAGCAGCGCUUUCUCCACCCACGACUCAGAGGUGAAUUGCUAAUGAGCUACUGGAGCUCUGCAGAAGAAAAGCCCUUAAAAAUGACACAGGUAAUGUGAUUUUGGCUAAAAAUGUCACAAUCACAGUUUAAAGACCACUAAGAACACUUAGGGUAGUACAAAAAAAACAACACAACAGGACUUUAAGACCCAAAUGGACGAGCUGAGCCUCUGAGAAACAUGCAAAUCUGCAAGUCCAAGUAAACAACCAAUAAUGAAAAAGCUUCAUUUGUUAAGAGGACGAAUUUUUUCAGUCUCCCAUCCAGUUUCUACCGCUUGUUCCCGUUGGGGGUUGCGGGGGGGCUGGAGCCUAUCCCAGCAUCUCCAGGCUAAGGCAGAGGACACCCUGGACAAGUCACCAGUUCAUCGCAGGGCUGACAUAUAGAGAUGAACAACCGUCUUUACUCACAUUCACACCUACAGGCAAUUUGAAAGUGACCAAUUAACCUAGCCCCACUUUUGCGUGUUUUGGGAAUGUGGGAGGAAACUGGAGUACCCGGAGUAAACCCGCGCAGACACAGGUAGAACAUGCAAACUCCACACAGAAACACUCUGACUCGGAUUUGAACCUCGGACCUUCUUGUUGUGAGGCGACAAUGCUAACCACUACACCACUGUCCCGCCCUCUUUCAGUCUCCCAUGUUUGUCGAAGGAUCAAGUUCUGGGUGGGACCAAAGUGGGACAUCUAUACUGUUUCUGCUUCGAACAGUUUUCUAAAACAUUAAUAAGAAAGCAAAAACUAAAGCUUAACUUUGCCGUGGUGUUGGAUGAUUUGACUCUGUCAGAAAACAGCAUCAGAUAUGUAACCGACUCUGUCCUCUGUCCUUUUUUCCUUCAGAGAUUGAUGCAGUACCUUGCCUCCAGAAACACGCUCUUCAACCUCAACAACUUCCUAGAUAAGGCUGCACUACAAGGUGAUUGAAUGCCAUUUGGCUGUUUGUAAACUCAGCAGGGCCGUACAUCUAACAAAAUGACUUUAUGUCGGGCUCUCCCGGGCGCUGUAACGAUAUCAAUACGCCUGUUUGAAAAGAAAGCUGCAGUCCAGAGUUAAAACCCUGGAGACAAAUGGAUCUUUUGUUAGACACAGAAAGCUGCUGAAUGUCGCUGAAAAUGAAAAACAUAAUCACUGUGACUUUGUGUUUUCUCAUAUAAAGGUAAGGCGAAAACAAGAAAAUUAAACCUAAGGGUAAGGGCCAACAGGGAAAGCAGAAGUUAGUCCGUUUCAUAUGAAAAGGAUUACGGCCUCUUGAACAGAUUUGUGAACCGAGCUCAGUGAUCGGUCUUGAACUGCGGCGUUCUCUCUGUCCCCUCAGGUUACAACAUGUCAACUUUCAUCAGACGCUACAGCCGCUACCUGAAUGAAAAAGCUAUGUCGUACAGACUAGCAGCGGUGGACUUCACCAAGAUGAAGCGAGGGUAACAAAUUUAACACACUCUUAAAAUACACACAUAAGAAGAAUGUUUGAUAAUGGAAAACAACAACUUAAGGUUUUUCCUUUUAUAAGAAGAUGAAGUAAAUUUGGUGUUAUUUUUCUGUUUUUUUCCUUAAGCCACAGUCCUGAAGUUCAGUCAUUAUCUGAUUUUUUAGAGUGGGUAUGGCUGAGCUGAUGGUCCCGCUGCUGAAAACCUCAGCAAUCUCAGAAUCUUUUAGAAGGUGUUAAUUUUUUAAAGUUGCAUCCAUCACCCAGCAGGGGUCGAUCUGUUAAGACUGAGUAAGUAGGAGUCUAUGCACUAUUUAUUGUGUCUGCAAAGUGAAAACAGAACAAGUUACGGCGGCUGAAACAAAGCCAACAAAGAAAAUCAACAACUUAGAAGAAAAAAGAAGCGCUUUUGUACAAAGACAAGCUGUCUGAAACUACUUCAGUUUUCUAAAAUCUGCUUAGUGCAAAGUUAGACCUGGGAGACUGAUUGAGUGAUUGAGUGCCCUCUAUCACAAGUACGGUCAAUUAAGGACAACAAGAUUAGGUUCAGAAGUCUACAACGAGUUCAAAAGUACAAGAGGAGAUCAAGAAACUGACCAAAUUAUGUCAAGCUAUAAAAUUAAAUAUUUUACUCCAACAACCAAAAGCAACUGGUACCACAACACAAGACAGUGUACCGAUAAAAACCCUUCACAUAUUGAACAAAAGAAAGUCACUUAUUUUACUUUGAAAUUCGCCUUUUUAAACCUAGAAGAGGAUACUUAUUAUUAUUAUUAUUUAUUUUUAUUAAUUUAUUUUUUGUGAACAGAGUCUCACCCUUGUGUUGCUUAUUCACACUAAAAGUUUAUAUCGUACGGUGGCCCUAAAGGUCACAGGCACAAAUAAUUCAGAAAGGGGAUAAAAAACAUUUUGUAAAACACAAAAACACUUCAUUGAAUAAAAAAGAAAGAUUUAAUUAAACAUAAAAACGUUUUAAAUGAAUACAAAUUAUUUUUUAAAAAAUAACUUAACAAUAAUUACAACAAUAAUAAUAAUAUUGAUAUUGAAUAUCAUAUUAAUAAUAAAUUUGUUUAUGUAUCACCUUUAAAAACAGAUGUUUAUAAAGAGCGUCAGCAGAAGCAAAAAUGGUAAAGGCCAACAAAAGCUAUAAACACAAAAAAAUGGAAGCAGAAACAUGUUGGGUAAAUGCCGAUAAAUGUAAAAAAAAAAAAAAAAGAAAUUUGUAUUUCUGGAAAUAUUUUGAUGUUUUUUUUAUGGACCUGUGUUUCCAAAAUGUUUUUGUGUUUUCAAAAUAUUUUGAGUUUGUAUUAUGUAUUUUUUGUUAAUUCUUUUUUUUUGUAUAAUUUUUUAAAAUGUAUAUUUGUGCUAUUGACCUUCAGGGCCACCGUAGAAAUGGGGUUAUUUGUACACACUCAGACACUGUCCCCUGUGUGUGUCGUUCAUACUGUGUCCCUGUAUUCUUGCUCGUUAUCAGGGCUGAUGGUGUGAUGCGCACCAUGAACACAGAGAAGCUGAUAAAGACUCUGCCCACCAUUCAGAACCAGCUGGAUGCACUGCUGGAUUUCCAGGUAAACAUCUCACACCAAACUUCAGGAAAAAAAGGCCCAGUUCCUGUAAAAUCUGACUCAGUCGACUAUUUUCUUUCUCUGUCUUCACUUUAGCCGAACUCCAAUGAGCUCACCAACGGAGUGAUCAACACAGCCUUCAUGUUGCUGUUUAAAGACUCCAUACGGCUGUUUGCUGCCUACAACGAAGGGGUGAUCAACAUGCUGGGUAAGCUAAUACACACAAUACAGCAGAUCCGAGUAAAUCUCUUUUGAGUCCAUUUAGUAUUUAUGCAGUAAUCUGCCUUUUACAAGCCAGACUCCACUCAAUCCUCGUUUAUGGGGAAAUCAAUUUCCUCCUCCAACUGUCUCUCGAAGUCCAAUUAAAGACUGUAAAGAUCACCUUUUCUUCCAUCAAUUGUUGAGCCAGUGAGGAUCCAGGAGCUGAGAGCAGACGGACUCUUUAGCGAUGAGUUAAUUAAAGGAUUCAUUACCUGAUUGACCUGAUCUGUGAGGGUUCAGCCAUAGUCAUAAAAUAACCAGGCUUCCAGGUUGAAUUUAUUUCAGUCUGUGUUUGAACCAGACGUUCAUGGAAAAUCAGUACCAGACUAUGAGAUCUAUGAGGCAGAUUUUUGGAUUGUAUACUACGAAAGCAUAUUGCAUUCACUUGCAAAAAAGAGCAAACAAAAUUGCUGUUUUUACUGGCUAAUUUUUUUCUUCUUUCUGUUUUUCUGACUUUUUUUUUCUUCUGUUUUGUUGGACGAACAUUAUUCUCCCCUCUUUCUGUUUUUCGGACAAUUUCUUAUUGUUUUUCAUACUAUUUUUUUCCGUCUUACUGUUUUUAGGACUAUUUCGUUUUAUUUUAAAUUCGUCCAAAAAAAAAAGAAAAGACAAAAAAUUAGUCCAAAAAAAAAAGAAAUUAGAAAUUAGUCAGAAAAACGGAAAAGAAAAAAUUUGGCUGAAAUAACAGAAAAAAAGAAAAAAAUUAGUCCAAAAAAAACAGAAAAGAAAAAAAAUUAGACCAAAAAAGAAAAGAAUAAAAAAAACUAGUCAGAAGAACAGAAAAAAAUUCUCUGAAAAACAUUUUUUUUUCUUUUUUCCUUUUGAUGAAUGCAAUAACCUUCUGUAGUAUACUUGUUUUUGUGAAACGAAGCGCCAAGCUGUAUCUCUCCCUCAUUUGUGAUUAAAAAUGCUGACUGUCCUGGUCCACAGAGAAAUACUUUGACAUGAAGAAAAACCAGUGCAAAGAAGCUCUGGAGAUCUACAAGAACUUCCUCAACAGGAUGACCAAACUGUCCGAGUUUCUCAAAGUUGCAGAGGUAACGUCUGUUUGUCGUUAAAGAGCUAAACACGAGCAGGGAAUAUCUGUCUGGAGCGAAUCUGGACGGGCACCUCUCUUGUUUGUUUCUGUGAUAAUUUCCUCCCACUUCUCUGAAGAAUUUCUCUUCAAUCCCUCUUUAACCUGUUGAGAUUUGCUCCAGACGUCCGUAACCCUCAAGAUCUGAUUUACGGUUGAUAUUUUGUACCUCAAAACUAACCGUAGAUCAGCAUCCAGGGGCUUCUUCUCCUUAAUCUUCCAAGUCUUUGUUUCUCGCCUCUAGAUUUCUCCUGUUUCUGUCCUUCUCUUGCCCUGACCUGGGGAGGGGGUUACUCCAAGACAGUGAUUAAUGGCUGAGUCGUAGCCUAUCAGAGAGCCACUCAUGUAGAGCUUCUAGUUGAGGGACCCCUCGCGUGCUGCCUGUUCACAUGCCUGCACUGCAUGCCCAAGCAAGCUCUUUUUCUAUCUCUGUCUCUUCUUUUUAUUGUUUUAUUUCCUGCCUUAACUUGAAAAAAAAAGAAAAAUGGCUGUUAUCCAAGAAGUAGUUGUAGUCCUUGCUAGGCUUCAAAGUGAAUAUAAACAGUUUUUAUCCUCUGUAGACUUGGUAGCCUUCCCUUCGCGCGCGCCAUCUUCAAAGGCUUUCUCUCUGCUUGGUUAAGUUCCCAUUUGGAAGAAGGUUUGGGGUGCAGCCGCUCGAUCCAAAGAAAAGAAAAAAAAAAAAUAACAACAGACUAACGUUGACUUUAAGGACCCAUUCAUUUUCUCUGUCUAACAAAAUGUGUGUUUGUCUGUUUGUGUGUCAUCUGUGACCCUCCCCUGUCUUUCUGUUCAAAGUCAACAUUAGUUGAGUGUCUUCCUUUUGGAUGUUUCUUACCUCGCAGUCAUGUGACCUGCUGUCUGCCCUCUCUGCCUUGCCUGUUUGAUCAGUCAGUGUGCUCAGCAUUCAUUUCAAACCAGUCUCCAGAUCUCAGUGUGUGUGUGUGUGUACUUUUUAGUGUGCGUGUGUGCACAUGUACGGUGUAAAUAUAUAGGUGUUUGUACGCAUGCUCCCUCCUCCCCUCCUCCUCUGUUGUCUUUUAUUUGUUUUCCUUCCAGCCACUGCAUGAAGUAAUGAAUGCUUGGGUUUGAUUCUUCUUUCUCCCUCCUCCUCCUCCUCCUCCUCCUCCUCUUCCUCCUCUUUCUUCUUCACAUGCCUCUACCCUGUUUUCUUUUGUUUUUUACUUUGUUGGUUUACUCCUGGUUUUGUUAUUACAUUUGGUUUAUGUUUAUUUUGCCUCCCCUCCCCCUUCCCCCUUACCUCCCCCCUCCUUUUUGUGACACAGCGAGUUGGGAUAGAUCAGGGCGACAGCCCCGAUCUCACACAGGUCAGUCCACAUCUCAUCUCAAUCAGUCAAUCAACCAGUCAGUCAACCACUUUAUAAGUCCGUCAAGUCAAUCCCAUAAUGCUUCAUUCUAAACGCUCCCGUUCCCUACUCACCCUACAGACCUGCCGACACUGCAGCUGCCCCGUCCUGCUCCUCUCUUCUUCACACUCCUUAACUUCUUCACUUUUCUCUCCUUUUCCCUCUGAGCAGUUUAGAAGAGAAAGAAAACAAUAAAUGAAGAUGUGCAUAAAGCUUUGAACUUCCCUUUUUCAAAAUUUUACAUCAUUAGUGCAGGAGUUUCACAUUUUUGUCAUCUAAAUUAUUAAAAAAACAAAAUUUCACUCAUAGGUUAGAGCUUUAACGCCGCUUAUUUAUCCUUCCUCCUGUGUUAGCCUUUACUACGCACCCACUAUGUCAAGGGUCGGGUUUGACCCGUGUCUUAAAUCAGCUGUAAAUUACACUAAAAACAAUUCUCUAUCAUCCAAUUAGGUUCUCUUACCUUGUUAGGCUUCUUUAACGAAUCCUUUUAAUGAACGGAUUCUAAAGAUUCAGUACAGUCAAAAGAACUGCUCUUCCCAUCACUAACCAAUAUUGAAUUGAUCUCACAUGUCUGGACAUGCCUGAUGUUGUUUUUUGUGCAGGGAAAUAUAUGACAAAAUGAGAAUUUCCUAAAUCUCGCAUGAUGGGAAGAGGAUCUGACUGUCAGUGUGGUGCCUGGCAUUACACAUAUGAUUUUAGUUUUUGCUCCAAUUAUUAGAUAAUAAUCUAACCAGCUCAACAGCGACCCUAACACGAUCAUUUUAAUAGGAGCAUUUUAUAAUUUAGUCCAUUUAAUUUUUUAUUUUCAUUUUGUUGAAACAGAGGUUCCUGACAAAGUCAAAAAGUCUUGAUUUAAGUGGUUCUUUUAAGCAUUUAAAACCAAAAACGGGUCUGUGCAGACCCUAACACAGGAGGAGGGUUAAAAAGUUUUUAAACUCUUUUACAUAUAUAUAUAUACAUAUAUAUAUAUUUAAGUAUUUUUUAUUUUGGAUGUCAUCAGAAAUCUUUUUGGAAAUUUUUAGCAGUUUUUGAGAGCAACCAUAAAGGAUUGUUUCAUCAUAUGAAAGCGUAUCUUAAAAAAACACAAGUCCAGCACAGCUCUGUGAAAUAGGUUUUUGUCCACAUACGCAGUGUUCGAACCCAUUUUCUAAAAAAAGACCAUGUCCCUUUGCAUUAGCUGUGGGGAGAGCAGCGAAUGGUUUAUGAAGUAGGUUUUCUGCAAAUAUGACUUGGAUAGGAGUACAUAAUGCCAUCAUAAGUACUGCACAUCCAGCUAAAGACCGUAAAUAAUACAGCUCACCCUUUUCAGUGGACACUCGAUUGGACGUUUACAAAGUGAUGAUUCAGGUACCAAACUGAAAAGAGCUGAAACUUGUCAAUGAACCCUCACGUUUGUAGUGCUUAUGAAGACCUUAUAUGCCCUUAUUCAACCACAUAAUGACCCAUGCCUUUACUGAGCUCUAGAUAUGUGUCUGUUUUACUUUUAAACUUUUAGCAUAUUCUAGAUUUCUCUGAAGAAGGAUAUCCAGAAUUCGCAUUUUACUCUCUUUCCCCCCUUGAAAUAAGUAUCUGAGAAAUCUUUUCUUUGCUUGUUGUGUUUGCCUCGUGUGUGUUUUGGUGCGGAAAUGUAAGGCUCCAGAUGAAAACCGUGGUAUCACAUGUGGUCCAAACGAACCCAUCCAUCCUUUUUUUGUUUGACAAUUUCGAGUGCUGGCUAGCUGCUCAAUGUGUAUACCUGGUUUUUCACCGGAUAGUUACAUUUCAGUGAGUUAACUUCCUUGGCUUCCUAAAAAAAAACAGCUGCUGUCUAAAUUCUUCACUCAAUCGGUUGUUAAAAAGUAAAUUUUCCUUUAAACCUAACAGGGAAUCCACGAGUUAACUCUCAGUUUUUUAGGCUGUGAUUUUCUUUAAGGUGUGUAAGUGUGUGUGUUAGUGAGAGCGUUUGUGCACCGCUGGCCCCUGCAUGGGUUUGUUUCGAUGGAUCAGAGAUGUGAUUGUUGUGUUUUUUUACUCUGGAGCCCUGCAGCGACGAUUCUCUGCUUCUUCCUGACCUGUUUCGUCCUUUUCGUGGACUCGUUUGCAUGUUACAAGGCUGAUGAUGUGUGCAUGCUGGUCAACCAAACCUGAUGAAACCAAAUGCUUAAAAAAAAAUAAUAAAACAAGAGCUGUGGUAGAGUAGACGAUGGAUCUGAGGAUGAUGUCUUAAUUCUGCUGCUGCUUUGUGGUUGUGUGGAUGUGGCGUGAGUGUGAGAGAAAUGAGAAGGUGAGAUGAUGAUGAUGAUGGUGAUGGGAGGGAGAGAAAGCGGUGUGUCCCUUUUUGUUAUCCUGGCUGUGGUUCUAAUGUUACCCCAUCAACCUCCCCCGACCCCCAUUGACCCCCUUCCUCAGGCUCCCAGCUCUCUCCUGGAGGCUCUGGAGCAGCAUUUAGCCUCUCUGGAUGGCAGGAAGCUGAAGGACCUGUCCACCGCCAGCAGGUACGUGAGGAGGCUAGUCAGAUCCUAUGAAACUGCUGCUUAUAGUAGUAGGAGUACCCAGCAUUACUACCAUUACCACAAACACGAUCCCAGUGCCAUGACCCCAGUGUCCCCUCUUUAGCUACAUGGCACGUGGAUGUAGGGAUGGGAGUCGAGAACCGGUUCUAAAUGGUUCAAUCCAUCGACAACAUUUACAUUUUAUCUUAACGAUUCCUUUCUUCUGGAUGCCUUGAUAAACGGUCUCGCAAGUGCUAGUCUACACAAACGGGAACAGGGCCAGAGAAAAAACAUGGUGGAUGGUUGAAAAGUAGGCAGAAUUGAUCUAAAGCAUGGCUUAAUUUUACUAAGAAAGACGACAACAGUACGACGUUCGUCGAGCAGUGAUAACAUGCAAAGGUGGAAACAAACAGCAAUGCGCUUAAACAUUUGUCAACGGGGCACAGCAUCAAAUAUAAGGAGUCACAUUUAUUCGAUACUCUCUGCCGGUUAUCAGCCGCUGCUGCUCCAUCUCAGCACAGCAUGGAAGGUACAUAUGAUAGGGUGACCAUACGUCCUCUUUUACCUAGACAUGUCCUCUUUUGGGGGGCUGUCGAGGGGGGGGGUUCAUUCAUUGUAAAACAGUGCAGAGCAUCAGUCCUCUCUGCAGCUCUGCCCCUCCGCUCACUUCUAAGCAAAGCCACUGACGCGACGUACGCAUGCACUGUCUUCAGGAAUUCAGAAUGACAUGCGUUUAACUGACUUAGAAGUGCAUAAAAACACUCGACCCGACUAAAAAAACCCUCAAAAUUUCACGCACAAGUCCGCCCUCUUUUUGGGGAUUCAGAAUAUGGUCACCCUAACGAAUGUCCUGUGUUAACAUAAGCACAAUGCAUGCUAGACUUAAUAAUAUAUUUCGUAUUUGACUUAAUACCAACCAAAGUAAACGCUGUACAAAUAGUUUGUUAUUUGAUUAUUUUUGGACUCUCACUGAAGGUGGCAUACAUCUUUUUCUGUUAUCAGAGACUCAAUAAAAUUAAGAUUUAAUGGUGAAGAAUAGUCUACUUUUUUUUAAAUCAAAGAAAUCUAAAUCUAUAUACAGUCUAUAUUUUCCUCCGAAAACUGAAAAUGCACUUUUGAGCUGUUUUUGGCCAAAGAUUUUUGGUGGCCGAAUUUUUGGUGCAUCUCUAGUAGGUUUCUAUUGUUAAAUGGAAGUUUAGAGGAGAUGAAAACACGAUUAUGAAAGUCAUCAAAAUUCAUCCUGUUUGUAUUUUAUAUUAUAAAACAAAUCACAAACACAAAUUCUGUUCAAAACUACAAAUAUCAAUCUUAAGGCAGACUGGAUGUUGUUAAAGAGAAACUGAAUCUCCUUUCUUAACAUCAGCCUGAACAUUUUGGUAACACUUAAUUAACUACCAGAAGGAUCACCAUGAAGUUUGGUACAAAUUUGAACUAUUUUGUUCUUAGCAGUCAUGUUUUGUAAAAGGAUUACAACUCAGCAAAAAGAGCACAGACAAAAUAUAGUGUGUGGCGAUUGUGUGUUUUUUUUUUGUAAAGCUCUGGUAAAGUAUGUUUGUGUGUGUUUUUGUUUCUCACCUUUAGAUCCAGCACUUUGUCCAGCGCAGUGUCCUCUCUCUCCAGCACAGGGAUCUCUCUUAGCCGCAUGGAAGACAAGACAGAUGACAACAGACUGCAGCAACACAAGGCGAGACAUAUUCAAGCUGAAAAUAAAAAAAAACACAACAAUACUGCGCUGAAAGAAACCACACUUUCAUUGCAUGUACCUUUUCACAAAAUAACUGGCUUUGCUUUAAUGUGAGGAAAGCACAAAAUCCCUUUAGCUUCUGUGAACUGUGAACAAAAGCUGUAAGUCAAGUUUUUUUGUCCUCCGCACUGUUGUUUAAGUCGAACGGACAAAUGCAUUAAUCCUGCAAUACAGUGAAAUACACAGCCUCUGUCUCUAGCUGCCGGCCCGUAGCUUACAGAGCUGCACAGAGAAUGAAAAUGAAGUCACAAUCUUCAGACACUCUGCAGUGGAUUUCUCAUUCAAAUGAAUUAGCAUUAGAGCUCUUUUUUUUUCUCUGUGUGCAUGAAGAGGGUUAACCCAUCCAGCCUACUUUGUCUCCAAAACAGACAUGCAGAUUAGUACUCAUAAAAUAAUCAUUUUUAAAGAUUUAUUUGUCCUUAUCUAAAAAAAAUCUGUUGCGUUGCAGAUGUCAUUGAUAUAAAGAAUGAACAGUAUUGGACCAAUCACUGAUCCUUGCAGUACGCCACAUUUAAUCUUUCUCAGCGGUGACAUAGUAUCAUUAAUUUGUACACACUGGUGUCUAUUACCUAAAUAACUUUCAGCCAAGAAUGAACAACCCCCCAUAUUCCAUAAAUCUCUAAUUUCUCCAAUAACUGUCUGUGAUCUAUGGUGUCUCUAAAACAACUUCAGCCCUGAUCAUUAAAAAAUAAUGAAUAGAAAAUUCGAUGUAUUACCCUUUUCAUGCCAGUUUUUGUGCACCAUGUCACUGCUAUUUUUGAUGGUAAAAAAAAAAACAAAAUCGCCAUAUUUCCCAUAUAAAAUGAUGUAGAUGAUUUUUUUUUUUUGAUAAAUAGAGUGGGUUAAGAUUACAUGCUGGCUGAAUCUGUUGUAUCACUGUCGGAAAGUAUAAUUUAGAGCCCUGGUGAUCGAGUGACAGCAAAAAGAAGGUUGCAAUAUGAUGUUAUGGUGUUUUUAAUGGAAGUCUAGUGUCCGAUUUGCGGGCAAAGUAGGGUGGAUGGAGCUAAGUUGCGGCGAUGGAGAACUACAGGUGACACAGAAUUUUUUUUUUAGUUUUUUUUUUUUAAGGUAUAUGAAGAAAAAUAAGAACUCUCACCAAAUUUGAUGCCCCAAUCUGUAGAAAUGUGACUGAUAGCUCAAAAUAAAGAUGAAAAAAAUGACAAAUGUCCUUUAAAAUCAUUAAAACGAUGUAAAAAUCCUAAUAAACAAUCUGCUUUCAAUGCAGGAGGACAGUCAUAAGGUGAUAGACAUUCAGACACCCAAUGCAUCCCCCAGCACCCAGUCAGUGGGCAGUGCCAACAGCAGCGGAGGGGCGACAGAUCUCUUCUCCAACUCGCCAAUCGUACCUGUCAACAACCAGUGAGUCAAAAAUCUGCAUCUUAGAAAAUGCAAAGAGACACUCACCGAAUCUCACAGUAUGUUUUUUCUAUUGUUUUCUGUUUGGUCUGCAAACUGCAAGCCUCCAGUUUUAUGGUUUCAUUUUUAUGUCUGCUCCCCGGCUCUCCAACAAGAGCUCUUUUGUGCGGCUGUCGUUAUAAAUUAAAUUUGCUGUACGGUAAUUUCCUGCUUACAUAAAAAUGAAAUGAGUAACAAAAUCUCCUCUUGGUUUUUCCAUCCUGCAGUGUGCCAAACCUGACCAGUGAGCUGUUCACCCUGCAGCCUAACUUCACCCCCAUCCAGACCACACACACUGUGCCCAACAAUAACAAUGCCUGGGGGGGUAAGCCUGCACAUACGCACACACACAUACACACAAACAUGUAAUUAUGCAAACAUACAAUGAAGCAUGCAAAUGAAUGCCCAUACACACAUGAUCUCUCACACACACGCACGCACAUGUGAGAGCUGGAUACGCUGUGACAGUUAUUCCUGAUACUUCAUGCUCUUGACUCAUUCCCCCCCCUCUUUUCUCAUUUUUGUUACCAUGGUAACCUCUGGAUGUAAGGUGACCUGCUAAAGCCAGCCCCACCUACUCAGAUUCACAGUCCUGGAGCCCAUUUGCACUCUGGGAAAAUGCUGCCCAACGACUUGGACUCUUCGUUAGCCAACCUGGUUGGCAGUGAGUAUCCAUUAUCUCUGCAUCAGUAUUCACUCGUUCAUCAUCUCUCUGUCUUUCCUGUUUGUUUCCUUCUUUUCAGUUUAAUUCCUUUUCUUUUCCUUCUUCUUCUUCUUCUCUCAGACCUUCAGUUUGGAGGGACGCCAGCGAAAAAGUAAGUGUCUUCGCCUCAAGCCAAUGACUCAGCUGUCUACCCAGUUUGAUCACUGUUCACACAAUCUCAUGAAUCAUUAUUUAUUUUCCAUUUCCGCAUAAUCUGUCCUGUGCAUGUAAAUGAUGUGUGUGUCUGUGUGUGUCUGUGUGUGUCUGUGCAUCAGGCCGGAGCUUCAGUGGAGUCAGCUUGUAGAAAAGAAGCCCACAGGAGGAAGUGGCUGGCAAUCAAAGACUAUGUGCACCAGCACCAACUGGACUCACACCACCCAUCCCAUGGCACCUGCACCAAUGCCCGUCCCGCAGAUGGUAACUUGAAAGCCGCAUUUAUGCAAUCACCGGUUUUUGGGUCAGGGUUACACAUGGUGCACAUGUAGACACACAGUCCUCUUAAACACUGAUGUUGACCUCGGCUGAUGUGUCAGUGAUGUAGAGCAGGGUGCGAUUCAUCGAUGUGUCGAUGCAUCAUGAUGCCUCACAUGAUGAUUCGGCAUCGAUUUAUUAACGUUGAUGCUUAAAAUAAACAAAUAAUAACGUUGAUCCUUUGCCGCAAGGCCAGAACAAAAAAACAUGGAACCAGAACCUUAACGCACGCACCGCCCAGACUGUUUAGUGAGCGGGACCACAACAAACAGAUCACCUCAGUCUUCAGCGGCCUCCAAAGAGCGGCCGAUUCUCUCGCCACCGGGGUUGACUGCAACCGUGUGGAAGUACUUUGAAUUUUAUGACAGAGCAAACAAGAUGACUGACAAGACCUACGCAAGAUUUCGGAAAUAAAGUACCUCAGCAACACAACAAACAUGAGGUAUUACCUCGUAAGCUUUCAUCCCGUAACAGAGAAGGCUCCUCCGGUCGUGUCCGCCGCGCAGAGAACCAUACUGGAGACUGUCUCCGAACUUCCCUCCAAACAUUAUUUAUUUAUUGAGUGUAGGUUUUAAAGGAACUGAGUUAACUGAUAGGCUAUUUAUUGAAGACAAAAUCAAUUUUGUAUAAAAAAAGCUUUAAAAAUGGGAAUGAUUGAAGAAUCAUAGCACCAAUAAUCAAAACUGAAUCGUGAGGUACCGUUGUUGGAACACCCCCAAAGUGUCGUGUAAAAUUAUCUCUGUUUGUCUGAAUCUGGAAAGAGAAAUUAAUCCUGCUAAGCUGUUUACUAACCCUCCGCUAAACUCUCGUGCUUCAUCUGCUUUUCUAAGACACAUAUUCCAGUUGAGCUGUAUUUGUGUCUGAUGAAUGUUUCUAAACCCAGAUGAUGCAGGUACAUCCCACAUGUCUAGGUCAGAAAGUACCAAAUUUAUAAUAAUACCACUGUGAGGAGACUUUGACUGGAUUUGAAAUGCACAGUGAUGGCUCUUUAUAAACCUACAGUUGCAAACAAGACCUUCAAUGAGCCACCAAUGACAGAAAUUUUAAUGCUUGUAACUGCUGAGGCACCUUAAGAAGCAGCCUCACUGUUCCUUUUCCAAGACAGACAUCUACAGCAGCUGCGUUUACAUGGGCACAAAUAAUCGGAAUAAAGACACGAUCAGAAUAAAAAUGCGUCAUGUAAACAUGUCGAUCAGAGGAAUCCGAUCCAAUUUAGCAAGAUUUGCGGUCGUUACUUAAGUUUAUAUAACUACAGCAGCAAGUGGUCGGCAACAUUCAUCUCUUCAGGAGGUGUCUAACUUGGUGUUAGGGUGUGUUUGUCCCGAAAUUGUUACGCUGGAAUAUCCCUUUAACUUUAAACAUUAUAUGCUACAACACCACUGGACUAAUCUGGCUCAAAUCUUUUGAAUGUGGUUUUGUGUACAGAUUUAGUGCCCCCCGUUAUUUAGUCAGCAAGGUCAGUGUCAGAUAUCUGUCUCUGAAAAUUAGCUGAUCAAGAGUGUCUUAACUUCCUGCUGCAUUCAGGGCUUUUCAAGGAGCUCCAAAGUAUCGCUUCUGCCCUUUGUGCCCUUCUCUAAUUACCUACACGUCUCUUCCAUUCAAUCUGGUUUCAUCGUUUAAUUUUCAGCUGAUUGACCUCUUAACUCAAACCACUCAUUUAUGCAGCAAAUGGCUCGGAAAGCUGAUGGCACAGCCUGAAUAGAAAUGAUUAGAGCUUGAGGAAUGGUCAAAGAGAAUUUUUAUCUUCUCUGCACAUUUGAAGAAAGAGAUUCAAGAAUAGCUUUAAUUGUUGUAAUUUUCUACCUCUCCACAGAAUGGGAUGAUCUAUACUGGCUAUGUAAGUACCUUUAUUCACUCUGCGUCAUCAGAUCUCACCUUGACAACCUCUUUUCACUAACUGACUUUUUAGAUCUGAUUUUAUCCUGAUAUUACAAAUUCUUGGCAAACUUGUUUUGUUGAUCUUACAUGAAUUAAAGGAAAGAGAAAAUAGCCUUUAUGGGUUUUUGGCUGCUGGUUAACUAUCUCACUGCAGCUGUUUGGUGUUGAACCUCUUUAAUUCAGAGUCUUCAUGAAAUUUUAAAGAGAAAGCACACAGAAGGUAGGCACACACACACCAGUGAAGCUUGGUACAAAAGCCACAGACAAGUCUACAGGCUACGAUAAAUGCAAAAUAGUGAGAUAUAACUGAUAUAUGAGUGGAUAAAACAACGCAACGCAAAAAGGUGAGUUACAAUGUCAGUGCGUCACUGUUUGAGUCGACACACUUUCAUAGCCCUCAGUGCAUUUCUCAGAUCAAAACAAAAGUCUUUUUUUUAAAAGUCCAAGAUUUCUUUGAAGUCAGACUUAUCUGGAUGAAUUUUUAGACCUCUGUUUAGUGCUCUGUUGAGUUCCUCUCUUCAUUCACAGGCUCCAGCACCAGUGGCUUUUCCUAUGACGACACCUCAAGUGCCUGUUUAUGGAAUGGUAAGACUCCGCGCCUUCUUGUCGAGACUUUCAUUUAUAUUGCUGUUUAAGACUCCACGUCACAUUUCCCUCUCUCUCUGUUUCAUCACUGGUGUUCACCUGCGCUCACCUGUCCCUGAACAGCUCCCUCCUCAGAUGGGUCAUCAAAUGGGGGGUGUUCCCAUGAUGCCCCCGCAGCCUGUCAUGUACAACCAGCCUGUCCUGAGACCCACCAAUCCCUUUGGACCCAUCCCGGGGACGCAGGUAAUACACCACCGGGCUCUCUAAACCAAGGAUAUGAAAUCCAUUUAUGACACAGUUUCACACAGACUUAUAUUAAAGGGAUAUUCCAGCGUAAAUUUAAGUUAUGGUCAAACACAUCGUAGAACCGAGUUCGACACCCUCUCGAGAGAUUAAUUUUGCCAACCGCUUACUUCUCUAGUUAUACCAACUUAAGCAACAACCACAUGAUAGCAAUUCACAGCGGUCUACGUCUCCACGCUCAAACCACAACCAAAACGCCACUCUAUAGCCACAAAUAAAGCUCAGAACAGCACCUAACUUCAUCAACAGUACAUAAAGGGUUCCAGCCAUAUUACUAGCCACCAAACAUCUUUUUAGCUUUGUCUGAUUUCUUUAGCAAAGAGACUAAACACAACUCACCUACUCUCCUCCAGCAGCUGCUAGUUUGUGGGGGAGCCCUGUUGAGUUGAUCACCGAGUGCAGCGGAGUUUCGCAGCUCAAGGAAGAACAUAAUUCUGUACACAAAACCACAUUCAAAAGAUUUGAGCAAGAAUAGUCCAUUAGUGUUGUAGCAUGUUUAAAGUUAAAGGGAUAUUCUGGUGUAGAUUUAAGUUAUGGUCAAACACACCGAAACACCGAGUUAGACACCCCCUCGAGAGAUAUAGCAAAGAGACCGAACACAACUUACCCACCCUUCUCCAGCAGCCGCUUGUUUGUAGGGGAGCUCUUAGAGUAGGCGAGUUGUGUUUAGUCUCUUUGCUAAAGAAAUUAGGCAAAGCUAAAAAGAUGUUUGAUGGCUAGUUUUGAUUGAGGUUUGCACGAUGUAGACCGCUGUGUAUUGCUAUUGUGUGGUCGUUACUAAAGUUGGUAUAACUAGGGAAGCAAACAGUCGCCAACAUUCAUUGACCAUAACUUGAAUUUACGCUGGAAUAUCCCUUUAAGACAAAAUGAGAUGGCGGGAACUGUAUUAAAUUCCUGAGUAAAUAUUGGGCCACUUUUAUGAAAAUACUCUGCAAAGUUUUGCUCGUAAUAAGACAGCCUAACAACUGUAUUUAUGCUUUGUGUCUUUUGAAAUGGCUGAUAAAUUCAUUGAGAGCUGCUUUUAACUCUCCGUUGAAGUAACAUUCAAACUGUGGACCCUUUAAGAAACAGGAUGAAUCAUGUCAGACAAUUUCAAAAUUGGCUGACAAGCCUGGAAAAAGCUGUUUUUCACAGCAAGUAAUCAUCAGUUGGCCCGGCUACAAGACUAUCAGGGGAACAAAUAAGAGUAUUUUGACCAAUUAUUCCAAACAUAACAGAGUGAUGUAACUGCUUACUGAGCUCUCAUGCUUACUGAGAAGCUGUUUUCCUAGCACUGCGACAGGUAAUUUGCUUGUCAAUAGAUGCCUGAGCACUUGAUGAGGUGUUUUGUUGAACUUAAUCACUCUCCAUUCUCUCUCCCCUCCAUCCUCUGCAGAUGCACUUCAUGUAGGGAUGAUGUGGUAACCAUGGCAGCAAAGCCGCGAAAGGAAAGAUAGAGGAAGAGAAAGAAAACAAAUCCAGAACCAAAUCCAGUGCCGGAGAAAGAAAAAGGACAGAGAGGAAAAAGGGAGGGGAGAGGAAAAAGGAGAGAGGACCAGAGGAGGGAUGAAAGAAGAAAUGCUGAUGUCUAUUUCCAUGUCACCUCACCCUCUUAUCUCCUCUCCUCUCUCCGUGUGGCUCCUGAUCUCUCAGUCUCAGAAACUGUAACGCCGGGGCACAAGAGGCUCCGCGCUCCACUCAUCUUCGGUUUGAUUUGCCAACUCAAAUGGCGUUUACGACAUGUGAUGAUGAUACGAAGGCUGACAGCUCAACGGUAGUGCAGAUUCUCACUCCUGACCUCAUCCUGAUGAUUCCCUGUAUUAAAAAACUCCCCCCCCCCCACCCGCCUUCCUCUCCAUCCCACGACUGAUUCAAACUCGGGAGAACACGCGUCUCUUUCUCUGAUUGGAUUGUUUGCUGGCACUUUACUCAAUGUGAACUUUGCCAAGGGUGUGUCUGUGCAGGUGAUUUUAGCAUCUUGUUCAGGUUGGUACACCUAGCGUGUCAUCUAUCACCUGAUGUCUUUGAUUUGACCGAGUGUGUGUGUGUAUACGGUGCGUACGGUGUGUGUGUGUGUGUUGGUUCCUUUUUCUACAUUUCAACAUGCUACAUCAACAUUACUGUCUGAGUCUUUUUAUGAGCUCUCUGUUCUUAAAUGCCAACUGUACAUCAUGAGCCUGGCGUGGUGUGAUUGUUUGCGUGUCGGUGCGUGUUGAUGGAUGUGGCUGCGUCGAGUAUGUCUUGUAUAUGUCUCUUCUUUGGUACCUGAUGUCAUCACUGUGUUGCCAGGUACCAAUGUGUUACUGCACUGGAAAUAACUGAUGAAAGCACUGAGCCAGACCCAGGCAUCACAUUUGGAUGUAACCAAACCUCUUAUGCUUACUUUGCUAUGGCGAUGUGUUGUAAACACUAUUCUUAUUUUAUUUUUUUUCGCUCCUCAACAGCUGUGCAAUAUCAUGCAAUGUCAUUAAUGUUUUGUUUUUCCAUCCGUGCGUAGGCUGUUUAGAAGCUGUUUCCUGCUGUAGUAAUGUAUUAAUCGUGUGUCCACAUCAGGUUUCUGUACAGAAUGCUGUUUUUUAUUUUCAACCGGUUUUAUCUCCUGUUUUGUUUGUUGUACUUCUACUGCUCUAAAAGUAGUGAAAAAUGCACUGAGAGCCAGAUAGAGAGGCGACCAAAACGGUCAAGCUUCAACUUAAAUGAUGUCCUCCCAAUCUUGGGCUUUGGUCCUGUCCUAAAAUAGUCUCCAACGACGUCCUUCAAGCUCCAGAAAAACCUGUAUAAGGCUCAUUACUACAGAGUAUGUCUCACCUCUGCUUGGAGGACUUAAGACGUAGCUGACAAAGAGAGGAGUUUGUUAAUGUAGUGUUAAUAUAGCGGUAAGAACAGCUAAAGGUCAGGAGGAGGAGCCAAACAAGGACCAGACCGUUGGGAAGCAACGGAGGACAGUUUCUGUGGAUCGUUCCCCGGGUAAAGCCCGCAGUGAUAACUUACAGAUUAAUUCAGACAAGUAGAAACUGGAGAUUUAAAUGAGAUGUUAAUAUUAAUGUGGCUUUCCUGACAGAUCUAAGGUCAGGUUAGACCCACAGACAGUCAGACAUUAUAUCUAAAUAUAUAGCACAACCCUUAAAGAGAGGACAACGCUCUGCUGCACAAAAACUUUAAAUCAUUGCUGGGAUGUACAGUCGAAAGGGGCAAUAAUCGAUUGGGGAUGAAGUCGUUUUUUUAUUGAUUGUCUGUUCUAUGUACAUGUACUGUAUGUGUGUUUGUGUGCACAUGCCUUCCCAUAGAGAUAAACAGGGUCAUGUUCCUCAGUUAGAGAUCGAGGUCUCUAGUGAGCUGGUAGCAUGUACUAACAUAGCAGUGAGUGCUAUUGUGAUCUUGUCUCAGUCUGUACAACCCAACAUCAAAUUAAGGUGGCUCCAGGAUCACUCAUCUGCUGAAAAACGCAAAAACUAAAAGCCCCAAGACAUCGGACCUGGAAUCUCAACCGGAACCCGAGGCCAAUUUCUCCAGAGAACCGGAGCUGCACAUCCUGGAGAUGACAAAUUCAGACAAAUUUCAAUCCUGCCAUGUCACAUCGGUAUGAUUCAUCCUCGAACUGUAACUGCUAGCUACGCAAAACCGACCUCCCUGCAGCUACAACUCCACUACCAGCAGAGCAAGACUACACUCUUUAGAAAUCGUCACCAAGUAGCGCAGAUAUCCUGAGGUUUCCACUAAGAUUCCAGAUGACAUUUGGAUAUCCUUUCUGGAAAGUUUGUCCGUCCACUCUCCCCAGUUACUCGUCAUUCUGGUGGUUCGUCUUUCUCCAUCAGCUGAAUGCUCUUCUCAUCGUGCACUUCACUCACACAACGCAGCUCGAUCCAUCCUGGGCCAACCUCUGACUGUUACUGUGUCCUCUGUAUAUAGGUAAUGCCGUUCAUGUGUUUUUAGACGUGCUCUCUCUGUAAAGUGAUCGAAGCCCCAUUGGAAGACGUACUGUAUGUGGGACAAUUUAUUGCUGUAUCUGUGUUUGAAUGGUUGUACUUUGAAGGUGUCAUCAUCCAGGGACGGGUGGGUGGGUUGGUUUGAUGUUUGUAAUGUUUGUGUCCACCUGGAGGAGGAAGUGGGUGGGAUUUGGGAGGGGGAGGGGGGGGCUAAGGGUAACUCUCACAACUGGUCUAUACCAAGAGUGUCUUCAUCGAGGAAGUGGACAGGACAGGGUCUGUCCUCUUCGAAACAGGAACAUUUUUUUGCACCAAAGUCAUCAUCAAAGCGCAGCUUCUUCUUAUUCAAGGUCACUAUGGAUGGAUGAUAUCAGAACCCGGAAAGAUUUUUGUUAUUUUUUUUGUUACGAGACAAAAAAACUGUCUUUUUUUGCAUGAUUAAGUGUUGUCUUUUUAUUGGCUUGUGUGCCCGGUAAAAGCAUGACCAUUGUGUGAACUCUCACUUACCGGUGUGUUUGGAAAAUGUUGAGGAAAUUUCUCCAUGAGAUUUUUUACUUACCUCUUGACAUGAACGUUCAUUGACAUUCAUAAUCAACUGUUUUACAAUGUAGGAUUUGUAACUGUUUGAAGGCCGCCUCGCAUGCAGAGAUGCAACUUGCAAGUAACCCAUCAAACUUCAAACUCAGUUACUAGAACUGCAUCUUUGUAAAACACCAUGGAUGUCAAUGCCAGUUAUCACCUAGCUAGCUAGACAUUGCAGUCUUGUAAAAUCGCUCUUUAUUAAAGCGUUGCUAUUUUCAAUACAUGUGUUUGAAUGCUUGCUCCUUUUUCAUACUAUGCCAGCAGCAUCAUGGGAGGUUGUGAUUGGAAGUCAAAGUACUGUAAUAAGUGUUUGGUCUGGUCCAUAUGGUGUGGUGUUUUUAAUGUGUUUGUCCAGUCUUGUCCUGUCUGUCACCAUAUACCCAACUUAUUUCCCAGUCAUCCUUUAACCCACAGACUGGUUCCCCCCAAGUCAGACCUGGAAAAAGCUUCAACUUUAAUUUAAGGCAGUAUGGCAAAAAAGCCAGCUAACCCUUCUGCUUAAGUAGUGCAGGUGGUUACGACGUCCAUCAAAGUUGAGUAUCCAAGUAUCACAGUCUCUGUAUCCUAUCUCAUCGACCCACCUUUUCCCCUUUUCCCAUGCUUAAUAAAUGUAAGGGAGCUUGAAAGUGAGCUAUCAUUUGCAGUACUGAAUGAAAGGUUGGAUUUUCUAAAAAUAUCCUCUGAUGACUGAAAUUUGGGCAAACCAAAUUAAGCAGUUGAAUCCAUCAGACCUUUUUGUUGUCUCCAUCAAGUCGAAUAAAAGGCUGAGAGAGAUUCAAAGAUGUUUCCUGUCAGAGUAUUAAAAUAAAUACACACCUCAAAAAAUAAUCAAGGAAUUCAUUUUUACGAAGGCUGACCUUGUACAAAAGUGGAUUAGGGCCACAAGAAGAGAAAAAAAAUAAUAACAGGAGGAGAUUUUUUUAAUUUCCAUUUUGAGAUUGAAGUCGAAAUGAAAAAAAAAAAAUCAACAUUUUAACUUCAAUCUCAAUAUUAAGAUAUUAAAGUUGAAAUUUGAGAUUAAAGAAAAGAGAAGUAACAUGAAUAGAGUUGAAAUUUUGACUUUAAUCUCAAAAUUUAAUUUUGUUUAAAUCUCAGCAUUUCGAAAUUAUUCACAUUUUGUGAUCUCGAAAUUUUGACUUUUAUCUUGAAAUUUUAACGUUUAAUGUUGACAUUUCAACUUUAUUGCCAUAGUUUAAAAUUUUUUAAUCCUGAAAUUUCGAAGUAAAUGUCGAAAUGUUGAGAUUUAAAAAAAACAAAAUGACACGAAUAAAGUUGAAAUUUUGACUUUAAUCCCAAAAUCUAAUUUUUUUAAAUGUUAGAAUUUUGAAAUUAUAUACAUCUUGUUAUCUCUAAAUUUCGACUUGAAUCUGUAAUUUUCAUAUUUUUUCUUUAAUGUUGACAUUUCGACUGGGACAUGAUUUUGAUUUUUUAACCUCGUAAUUUUGACUUUAAUCUCCUUCCUGUAAUCUUCCUUUUUUCUAUUCAUGUCGCACUUCUUCUCUUUCGUAACCUUGUGACACUUCAGGUUUUCGGUUUGGUUUCUGAUAGCAGAAAGUCUCUAGCUUACAUUGAACAAACAUCGUAGUUGUUUUUGAAAUCUAAAUGUUCCUUUGAUUUGUUGAGUUGAUGUAAACUUCUACCUGCACUCAAACUUCACCUCAAGAAAUACUCACCACGGAGGAUGUUCAUACUCUUGUCUUUUUCAAAUGGAAGCCUCAAGACCUUUAUUCACUCACUUGAGAGCCUGCAGAUACUCAACAGGGAUCCCGACAAAGUAGACCUCUUUAUCGCUGAAGCUACCACCGCCAGUGGACUAACCUAGCGAUCAGAAACCAGACAUUCACUUUUAACCAGGGCAGAAACCACUUUUCUAUUUUGGUAUGCUAGUGAAAGGUGCAUGAUGUCUGUCAGGCUCCAGCCUUUUUGUCUAGCAUACAUGGGCCUCAUUGUUUUACCUCAGUAUACCCUGAGUAUCGUCUGCAUUUAGUAAAACCAUUUAGUACUUAAGUGUCCAUUUGUAAACUGUUCAUUGUCGUUGAGGGCAUGAAACCCAGCAGUGUCCAUCAAACAGUCUUGUUAGCAGGGAGUGAGGCUCCAUACCUUCAGAUUUCUUAUUUUUGUUUAUUUUUUCUUUUGUAAAUCAAAUUGAUUAUCAACAGAUUUCAAAUGUUAUGAAUUUGUUUUAUUUGAAAAGCAUAGGUUGAUGUUUUUGGAAGAAACGGAAUAAAACGUCAUCUACUGCUGA